GUUUGUUUUUGAGAGUUCUCGCUAUUCGCUUUCAAAAUGAGUAACCACGUUGAAGUGAAAAACAUCGAGCCGACCACCUUUGAGAACCGCUACUACGACGAAUAUGAAUACUACAACUUAACAGACCGCUAUACUGAGUGCACUAGUCGCAAAGGAAGGACGAAGAAGGAGGCGAGUUGUAACACGAACAGACCAAACCCUGCGGGACACGAGCGCAAAAUAGUGGAGAAACUCCAGAACGCUGAGAAGAAGUCCAAAGAGUGACGCAAAAGCGAUUCAAUCGGACGGCUAUAACUGGCAACCGACCACAGGUGUCUCUGCGGGAGACGGGCGAUGGGCUUCAGCGGAGAUGUGAACCUCCGCCCCGGGUUGAGUCUGUAUGAAGCUCCGGGUCCAGUGACUCGUGAAGUGGAGAGUUUUGUCCGGCACACCGCUUUUGUGUAGGCUAUGUGUGGUGUAAAAGUGGUGGGCCAUGCGGAACGAGCACCUGUUCAGAGGAACCGAUAUGCUUGCGAUGGUGAUUGAAAGUGUUAAACGGUGGCUUUGACCAUGCUUGGUGUUUUUGUUGCAACAUAUACUUUUGAAAAGCUUUUUAU